GCCGGCCAAUGGCAACAGUCAGCCAAUGAAUCCAACGGUUCCAGGUCCCUUCAUGCUCCGGCAGGCAUUACUUGCGACUGCUGCACCUCAACUCCACCAGUCUCACUAUCGGAUUCCUGCCUACACCCAUAUAGGCUGUUAAUCCGCCCGUGUUCCCUGGACCCGGUAGAUGGGCUGUUCAACCAGGCCGGUAUCGCGCCUUUCGCAAUAAUCUGGGCCCGCGGUCUGUUUCCGCCUUCUCGUUCUUGUGAGCAACAAGUCACAAUGCUGCUGCAUCAACAAACGUCUCUGCAGAAAAUGCAAUCUUGGAAACAUCUAGAAGGCCACACAGCGUCUGACUCUGCGCAACUGCCAAGGUGGCACCGCAGCCGUUCCAGCCUACACGGUAGUGUACACUACAUACUGAGAGUGCCUUACCGCACCGCGUACGGAUGCUGCGCGCAGAUGCUCCAUGAUGGUCCCCCACCAAGCACAAGCCUCCAACGUGCAUUCCUGCAAAGCCCACACUCCUCCAUCUGGGACGGCAUGUGAUUGGAGGGGCUGUCCCACGGCGGCUCCCGAGCAUCCAACUUCACCCGGCCCCUAGCUGCGUCGAAAGGUUGACCUCUAGUAACCAAGAUGGUGCGACCUACUGUCUGAUACAUCCGGACAAUAUCUCCGGCUUCAACAUCAUCACUUACAACCGAGGUUCCGUGAUUGCUACAAAAAUAUCGCCUCCCAACUUGUCUCUGUACAAGGAACCAAAAUCUCACAACUCAUUCCGCUAUCGAUUAGUCGCUUAACGCUACCAUGACAGACACGCACGACGAACGAAUUGCAGCUCUUCAAACGUUCACCGCUUGUGACAUUUCAGAUGCACUCGUGAAGCUCAAAGUACCUGGGGCUGGCUUCCUGCCUGAUCUGCAACUGCUGGGCCAACCGAACCCCGCAGAUGCUCCCAUCACCAUAGCACCGGCAUCCACGAUUCUCUUCGCUCGGAAGGGCGAAACGUUGGAUUCGCCCGCGGCAAAUAUUCCCGAAAACACGCACUGGGCUGAUAUCACUCAGCCGGGUACCAUCGUGAUCAUCAGACAGCCCGACGGGCAGAAGAAUGCCGUCUGCGGAGGAAUCAUGGCUGUGAGGAUGAAGGUUCGGCAAGCGAAGGCGAUCGUAGUAGUAGGUCGUGCCAGGGAUCUGGACGAACUAACCAGUACGGGUCUACCGGUCUGGUCAAGGGGACUCUCCACGGUUGGCGCAGGGGCAGAGAGUACCCCUUGGGCAGUCGAAGUACCUAUCAACGUCGAUGGCACGGUUGUCAACCCUGGCGAUCUCGUUUUAGCUGAUCCGGUGAAUGGGGUUGUCGUCAUCCCCAAGGAUAAAGUCGACAAGGUCCUGGAGCUCCUCCCCAAGCUCACAGCUGCCGACGACAAGGUCAAGGCGGACGUGCUGAAUGGAACAUCCGUGUUUGAUGCCUUUAAGGCGCACCGGAGCAAUCUCUAGAUACAGCUGGAAGGUUAUGACCAUACCUUGCCGGGAACUUUCGGGCUCGACUGGAUGAUGAGAUGCUACGGGUUGCCAGUCAUUUGCUACGUCGGCAGAGUUGUCUCACUCAGAUGAAGACACCCAGUCCUACAUCGUGACUUUACGGCAAACGCUUGGGUCUUCUCACUGUGGGGUGGUACUCAUUCGCGGGACAAUGUCGUUAUCCAAGGACCUGGAUUAGGGGGAUGGAGUCGUCAGUUGGGGUGGGAACUACCUAUGCAAUGCAUAACCCAUCUUCUCGUCACAAAUCCCUUGCGACUCCAACGCACUGAUACUGACGACCGCAAGGGUCCUUCAAGCGAGCCACCACCACCAUCACUGUCAGAACUAAUCCGUAACUUCUUCCUAUAGGACUCGACCGUUGGCGCCCCUUUACGAAUCAUGAACCGACACCGCACUCUGAUCUACCGACCGGCGGCCCGCGGGAAAGGACAAAGGGCUGGCUGUCGGGCAAAUUGUGCAAACGUGUUUACCCCCCGUCAUCUCCGAGUCUCCCAAGAAACUCGUCUGCCAUUUUGAGGCCCGACGACUUUGUCUGACAUCCGUGCCCUCGGCUCAGGCUGACCGCCCCCGGUCUCUAUCGUUUCCCCCCCUCCUCUUUUCUCUUGCCUCGCUCACUUUUGACUUUGCCCUGCGUACGGAAGAUGGAGUCGGUAUGGAACAUUCACGGAUAAUUCGGUGUCUCUCCUAAUGAAGGAUACAAGCUCGGUUUGGCUUCUGUCAGAAUUCAAGUUCAACAGGUCAUCUUUUCCCCCCUUCCACAGAACGGGAUUGGAAUCUUUAUCGACGGAGGGGAGGCCCCAGAUCUUGUCAUACUACGACUCGCAAAUGAUACAAGUUGCAGAUGCUUGCUCUUAAGAAGGCUGCUAAACUGUUGAAACCCUACAAGACCCUGGGAAAAGGGCAUCGCCUGGGGUAGUCUAUCUGAUGAGAGGGGGGGUGCCAAUCACCUACCUUACCUUACCUCACGUCCUACUUGCCGGAUGCCCCGAGCACAUGGAACGCAAUUCUGAAAAGAAAGAUACACAGAUGUGUAUCGAAAAUCAUUGUGUUGAAGUUGAACGCGUGCUUGGGUGUGCCGCGCAGUGAAGAAGAUGUACCGCGUCGUGAGACUUCCCUUGGAAAGCCUGAUCCCGUUCAAGAUCGAUCUUUUGCGCCUGUAAAGCCAGGGGGAAAAAAGAACCACCACAUAAGGUAGAAGCAAAGAGGCUGCCGGCCUGCCCUCUGCAAACAGCACAAACAUGCCCUACGAAUCCCGC